AUGUCGUGCGAAGCGUGCCAUGUCACCGGCGAUCCCAAUGCGAGCAUCGGUCUGAUUGACAUCUAUGAUAUCUUUGGGCUGGCGAGCCAGACCCUCCAAGGUGCCGAUCUGUUAGCAACGCGACUAAAUGCCAUCGUCUUGAUCCCGGAUUUCUUCGAGGGCGAUGCGCUCAAACACGAAUACGUCCCUGCCGACACCGAGGAGAAGCAAAAGAUCAUCUCCGAGUUCCUAGCCCACAAGGCUAACUUUGACCGGAAUGUUGGCGUUUUAUUGGAUGCGGUCCCCCAGUAUAAACUGAGUUUUCCGGCGGCCAGCACCUGGGGCGCCUUUGGGUUGUGCUGGGGUGGAAAGGUUAGAAUCUGGGUGGGGCAGUGGUUGUCUAAUAUAUGCGCUGACAGUAAUAGCUGA